CCACUGGCUUAUCACCAGGACUUUCAGAGGGCACCAAGAGACGACUGAGUCUAACAGGAACAUCAAGGAAGAAAAGCUUGACCAGUGGUGAUCAGCCAGGGAGCAGGAGGUACGUGUACUUUGGUAUGAGUCAGAGUUUACAGUCUUAACAGUUUCACAGACUUAGCAUCAAUAGCAUUUGCAGGCUUAAGUACAUUUUUAUUUUUUAUAUGGAGCAUCAGUCAGUUUUGAAGUAUUUGUAUAGGAAGCUAAACAGGGAGAUGUACUCUUCUGAACGUAGACUUGAAUUCACACAGCUUCUGGACGUGAUUAUUUUUGUCCAAUGACAGUCCAGCAAAGAUAUGAUGACCACCCCUGGCAGUGCUGCAUUAGCACUGUAUUCAGACCAAGCAUGUUCCCUAAUGUUCCCUUAUGAACAUCCCUUUUGUCACUGUCCUCAGACCGAGCAUGUUCCCAACUAUCACUGGUCCUACUGAGAGAAAGGUCAGCCUGACAGGUGACCUCGUGUUUGAGCAGCAGAGGAAAAGGAAUGGUCGUGCCCAACAGCAGAAAUCAGAAGAGAAAAAUCAAGACAGCAUCAAAUAUAUUAUUAAAGGUCUGUACAAGAUUGUGGACGCCCCUUAAAAAAACAAACAAACAAACACUGCAGUUGACCUAAAAUGCCGGCCCUCCAUAUAAAGAAAAAUAAGUGCCGCCCAGAGCCUACCUCCAGCUACCUCCUACGCCACUGAAUACAAAACCUUUAUCAUUAACGGUUUAUACAAAUAUAAUUUAAAAAAAAAAUUUUUUGAUGUUCUGUCUUUGUACAUACAAUUGUUUUAAUAAACAGUGAUGAAAUUGUUGAGUACACAUUGGUAAAAUAAGAAUGGCUAAGUGCCAGGGGACUAAAAAUGAAUUUUUAAAAUAGGAAACUUAGAAGACAUAAAGCAGGUUAUAAAAAGAGUGUCUUACUGUUCAACUAAGAUGUACUUUACAUCCUGAGGGUUCUUAGUUAAUCUAUGAACUGUUAGAGCACAACAAUUUAUAGUAAGAUUUAUUAAUCAUAACAUCCAACUUUCAACAUCUGAAAUGUUUACAAAUGUUACAUAAAUAAGUGUUAUUGUGUUCAUUAUUAAAUAGUCAAUCUCUUGUUCCACCUCAAUGUUUCCUUAAAAAAUCUCUCUGCUCCCAGACUUCCCAAGAGCCUUGCUGCGUAUGUUGAAAAACCCAGCCUACCUGCUACUCCUGAUAGACAUUGCCAUCGUCUCCAUCCCAAUGUCAGGGACGUCUAUCUUCAGAAGCACUUACAUGGCCAACCAGUACAACGUCCCCAUGUCGGAGGUCACGCUGGCUUCGGGUAAACUUGGCUACAAUUUAUCUAUUUCAAGGGCACAACCCAUUAUAACACAGCGAGAACAUAACAUAAUUUAUAACUUGAUGUUGAGAACUCCUGUGACGUGGAAAGCAUAUAAAAAACACAGCCAGACACACACCCUGCUGGUCAUCAACUGGAUCCCGGUCCAUUGUUUCAGUCUUGCCUUAUGAUCAAAUAGGCACUCUCCAUUACUUUAAAAAAAAUAUAGCUCAAGUGAGGGCUGCUGCCCAAGAUGAAUAUUGCCUUGGUCAUGUUCACAUGUGCAGGGCGAAGAAUAUAUCAUGUUGAUACACUUGAAAUGUGGGUCUUCAUACUAUAUCAUUUGAUAACUCGUAACGUUAGAAUCAUUGUUUACUCCCAUGCUGAACACCUUUACAUUGCUUACUCCCAUGCUGAACACCUUUACAUUGUUUACUCCCAUGCUGAACACCUUUACAUUGCUUACUCCCAUGCUGAACACCUUUACAUUGUUUACUCCCAUGCUGAACACCUUUACAUUGUUUAAUCCCAUGCUGAACACCUUUACAUUGUUUACUCCCAUGCUGAACACCUUUACAGUGUUCAGAGUUCCUUCUAUGUCAUGAUUUCUCCUUCUCCAGGCAUUUCCUCCACCAUCGGCCACGUCAUUGGGACGGUUGGCAGCUCGUGGGUAGCCAGCAAGGUGCACACUCGCAUGGGCUACCUUUACAUCGUCAUGAGUAGCUACAUCUUCACAGUUUUAAUCACGCCUCUGUAUAUUGUGUUUGGUUGCAGUAAUGAGAAGAUUUACGGAUAUGAGGGAGACUUGUAAGUACUGAGGGCGAGUUUUAAGUACUAAGUGAGAUUUUUAAGGACUGAGUGAGACUUGUAAGUACUGAGGGAGACUUUUAAGUACUAAGUGAGAUUUUUAAGUACUGAGGGAGACUUUUAAGUACUAAGUGAGACUUUUAAGUACUUAGUGAGAUUUGUAAGGACUGAGUGAGACUUGUAAGUACUGAGGGAUACUUUUAAGUACUAAGUGAGACUUUUAUGUAAUAAGUGAGAUUUUUAAGGACUGAUUGAGACUUGUAAGUAAUGAGGGAGACUCGGAUAUAUUUGUAGAAAAAUGUUGUAGCCUUAGUCUCCCGCAGUGUUGUCUUAGUUUGUGGCCGGGGGAAGGGGGGGGGGGCUAUAACGUCCUGUAUUUACUCAACCAGCUGAGCUGAACAUGUUGAUAUGUUUCUCUCCAGUGGUGUCCCGGUGAAUCUGACAGACACGUGUGACUGCACCUUCAGCAAGGUUCUCAUCUCUUGUGGGGAUGAUGGCAAUAACUAUCUGUCACCUUGUCAUGCUGGCUGUACAGGGAUUGAUGGCAAAGUACGGCCAGGCCUCAGUCAAUUAUUCAAACGCAGUCGUUCAUUACAAUUCCCGAUGUUUCCAAAGUCAUUUUAAGACAGUUUUAAAUGUUUCCAAAGUCAUUUUAAGACAGUUUUAAAUGUUUCUAAAGUAAUUUUAAGACAAUUUUAAAUGUUUCAAAAGUCAUUUUAAGACAGUUUUAAAUGUUUUGAAAGUCAUUUUAAGACAGUUUUUAAAUGUUUCAAAAAUCAUUUUAAGACAGUUUUAAAUGUUUCAAAAGUCAUUUUCAGACAGUUUUAAAUGUUUCCAAAGUCAUUUUAAGACAGUUUUAAAUGUUUCCAAAGUCAUUUUAAGACAGCUUUAAAUGUUUCCAAAGUCAUUUUCAGACAGUUUUAAAUGUUUCGAAAGUCAUUUUAAGACAGUUUUUAAAUGUUUCAAAAGUCAUUUUAAGACAGUUUUAAAUGUUUCAAAAGUCAUUUUAAGACAGUUUUAAAUGUUUCCAAAGUCAUUUUAAGACAGUUUUAAAUGUUUCAAAAGUCAUUUUAAAACAUUUUUCAAUGUUUAAAAAAUCAUGCUUUACAAUCAGGUCCCUUAGAUGGUAGCACCUGUUAAGUCAAAAUAAAAUCAGGAUCUUCCUAGUUGUCAAUGGCAACACAUGAUAUUAAUUUCAUCUUUGAUGUAAACCAGGAUAAACAAACUAAAAUAAGUUUGGCGCCAAAAAAUGCUUAUGUUCUUGAUGUCCAUGUAUUUCUGCACAGCUCUUCACCAACUGCUCCUUGCUGACCGACUUGAGCCGAGGCUCCGCUGUCCACCCAGGCCUGUGUGAGACCGACUGCCACACGAACUUCAUCAUCUACAUAUUUCUGCAUGGUCUGGCGAACAUCGCCAGCUCACUGGCCAUGAUUCCCAGGCGUCUGCUUAUUCUCAGGUCUGUUCGUUUUUGCUAUUUAAAACAUUUUCAUUUUGUGUGGAAAAAAUGAGUUAAUUUAACUAUGGCCAUAAAUAUAUAGAAAUGUUUUAUAUUACUUAUUAUACAUAUAUAUUAUUAUUGGCCAAAAAUCAGAUAGGUUCACACAAGAAAAGAGGUGUUUGAAUGUCUGACUCAUAACUAGAUGCCCCCUGGGUGACCCCAACACAUAGCUAGACUAAUUAGUACAGUCAAUUCAGCCUGUAGUGUGCAUGAAAAAAAUGUAAUGCUGUAAUUUGUCACUUACGGAUACAGCUAACAGAAACUGAUGUCAAACAAUUUAAAACAUGCCUCUUUUCCCAAUCGCACUCCUCUCCUUUAUCCAAAUGUCUGCCUAGAAGUUCAUAACAUUGUCUGUCUAGUUUUUCAUACCAGUGUCUGCAUAUAUUUUCAUAAUGUUGUCCGCCUAGAUUUGCAUACCUUUGGGUUGACUUAUUUCGUACAUGAAAUGAUUUAUUCUUAGAAUUGUUGACCCACGUGACCGAGCUUUUGCCACCAGUCUGUUCGUCUUCUUCUCCAGCCUCAGUAAGUUAAUAAUCUUAUGAAAACUUUUGAACAUAUGAGCUAGAUAACAACUUAUAAAUGUAUAAAAUUAAAUAUACUAAUUAAGUUUUAAUGACGUUAUUAUUUUUAAAAUUAAGGAUUUUUUAAUAAUUUCAUUUAUGUCUCACUGCAACGUCCUUGUUAUGACGUUAAAUGUGAAACGUGCGAUGAAUUGAUAUUGCACACCUGUUAUUCCAGUGGCCAUCCCAGCUCCCAACUUUUUUGGUCAGGUCAUGGACGACACCUGCCUGGUGUGGGAUGGGAAGUUCUGCACGCUGUAUGACAGGGACAAGGUCAGGUGAGUUGGAGACAAUGUGUCACUUGAAAAUGUGUCGGUUUGCUUAAUCAUCAGCGUAAGAUGAGGACCUAGGCCACCCUGGCAUAACUGCCACCUUGACCAGGUUUGAAGGAUGUAUAUCAUUAAAAAUGUUCACCUUUUAUCCAGACAUCCAAAGCACUGGGCAUAUUUGAAACGAGGCAAGACGGCCAAUAAUUGUUUGACUUCCAGGAUCUAAGCUAGAGCUCUGCGUAGUCAUGGCAAUAGGAGUGAGUGGGCAAGGCUGGCCAACAGGCAAACUUAGGUUGUACAUUGGAAGGUUGCACAUUGGAAGGUUUUACAAUGGAAGGUUGUAUAUUGGAAGGUUGUACAAUGAAAGGUGAAGGGUGUACAUUGGAAGGUCGUACAAUUAAAGUGUGUACAUUGUUUAUGUCUUUUUCUAACUGAGGGUCAAUUCGACAAUUCUACUAUAGAGUGGGUUAUUUAUAAUGUAUUUAGUGUGGAUAAUAUCUAUUGUCCAGUCUUUGGAUUCAAGCUUCAAGAUACGUUAUUUUACUUUUUCGUGUAGUUUGGAGUGGUAAGAAAAUAGUUAUUAUUAGAGACCAGUCUGUCUGUUGACUCAUUACUGACUCAGACUUAUGUUACCAAUGCUCUGUCUGUUCUCCUAGGUACUUCCUGUCAGGCAUAGACGUGGGGGUCCAUGUUGUGGUACAGAUCACAUUUUUCCUCAUGCUGGCACUCUUCAAAUGGGAGGAGAGAAAAGUCAAGAGAGAAAAUGCUAAGAAAGCUAGCCAGAAAGAUUUGGAGAUGGAAGGCAAAACAUAGUGUCCUAUCUGACCAUGGAUGUAUGCCGCCGGUAGACUUGCCAGGAUGGCAUGCCGUCGGUAGACUUGCCAGGAUGGGAUGCCGUCGGUAGACUUGCCAGGAUGGCAUGCCACUGAUUCUUUAAUAUUGCCCUAAAGUUUAAUUACUUUCAGUCUUUGUUAGCGCAAUAAUUUUUGCUCUUUUAAAGCAUUUGACAAUAUUGUAAUAAAAUAUUUACUCA